AUGGCACCUACCAACGUCACCACUGCCACGGCAACCGCUACCACCACGGCGGUGCAGCAGAACGGCUCAACCAAGAUUAAGCGACCGGUGCCGCCAGGAAUCCAGACCAACGGGGCUGCCUCGUCAGCCUCAUCGCCGUCGCCGUCCAUGGCGAACAACAAGCCGCCCAGCGCGAAGCAGCCGCCUAAUUCCGCCAGCGAUCGGGCCAUCACGGCCUCAACGGUUCGGCCCAUGGCCCGGAUCCGUCGCGAUACCCUGAACCAGGCGGCCGGGCGCAAUUCGAGAAAUAGCGCGGGGAUGCGAUCGGCUUCGUUCGCAGCAGAUAUGGCGGUUCAUGGUUAUGAACCCCCACCAUAUGUUGUCACCGAUGCGUACGUAUUAAAGAAGCAUUUGGGGCGACCCCCCUCGCUGGUCGUCCAUAUGCACCCCACACAUUUCCGCUUCGAUGGUCAGGACGGCAUGUUCCAGUAUAAGUCGCCGAUGAGGAUGUUUCUCGACCAUGUGAAGAACCGCACGAUUCCCCACGAUCUUCUCUCCUACUUUAUCGAAGGCAACGUGCCAUUCUAUGAGGGAUGCCUCAUUGUACAGAUUCACGACCACAAAUCUGUGGCCCAGGCCAAGGGCGUCAAACGACCUUCAUCCGCCUCCAGCGCUGUUGUACCGUCGUCUAUCCACAACUACAACCAGUGUCUUACCCCUUCACCCCACGUGCCAUAUCCCAAGGAAGAGCAGAAUUCUGAUGCCGAUAAAGAGCCUACGUCGAAUGUGCCUCUGGACACAUCAAAUAAAGUUGCCGCGAAGCCAAAGAUUUACACUGUCGUCCUUCACCCGACGGCUGAGAGUAUACAAAUGGAUCUCGCACUCAAAGCUUCCGCAUCCAAAAUCACUGGCGAUGCCCGUGCUACCAAUGACAGUUCGAUCAUGGCACCUCCAUCAACCCCCUCAACAUUAGUGCCGCCGACACCAACUACGGCAACGAUGCAACCGCCUGCGAAAAAACAGAAGCGAGAAAAGAAUGAACUGGAUAGAAAUGGCUUAUAUGCUUUCGAAGGCCAGGUAUUACUCGCAACCAACGCACCUCUAAUGCUCGAGCCGACCAAGAGCGCAGAGGAGACCAUUGCUCUGCUGGAGGAAUGGUCACAUCCCAGUCACAAGGAGGACCCGCCCAAACCAAAGACGCGCAAAAGGACUGUUGCCGAAAUGGCCGCGGACGAGGCUGCUGCUGCGGAGCUGGAACGCUAUAUGCUGGUUCUGGACGAUCGGCUUGCCUCAAACUCUACCGGUGCCCAAGGCGCUGGUGGCGCAGAUGGAGAUGGCGCAACUGGCGCAGCUACCUUUGAGCCUCGAUUCGAACGCUUUAAGCUCAUUGAAGAUAUUAAGAGAGAGCAUGCCGAAAAGAAGGAACAGGAGAAGCUUAAGCAACUUGAAAACGACCGGAAACUGCAGCUCCAGAGGCAACAGCAACAGCAACAACAGGCGGCAGAACUCGCUGCCCAGAGGCAAGCGGAACAAGAGAGGGCGCGACGCGAGGCUGCGGCCAGGGAGACGUCAACUCCUGUAGCGCAGGCCAACAACAACCAAGCGCAAAUGAACCAGACGCAGCACGCUCACCCUUCCGCUCAGGGCGGAGUGGUGGCCAACGCUCCAGCGUCCUCGCCUGUCAUCAGGCAGGGAACUCCCCAAAAUAUGUCGUCGCCGAUGGUGGGAAGCGUCCCCAUGCAGCAAACCAACUCCAGCAUGGCAGCAAGCCCUCCUCGGCCCGCUUCUGUCGUACAAAACCCUCAAGUAUCGGUACCCAUGACGCACGCCAUGUCUUCGAGAAACAGUCAGCAGAGUCAUCCCUCCAACACACCUCGUAUGCCCCACUCGACGCCAAAUAUAUCUCAUGCCACGCCUAUUAACCGGCCGACAAUGGUUGCAACUCCCCGCAUGACCCAAGCGAGUCCUCCUCCUGCUAUGAUGGCCCAGAACUCUCAGAUGGGCCAGCAGAUGAUGAUGAACGGCCAAGUUAUGAACCAGGCCAACCCUCAAGUUAUGGCCCAGAUGGCUCAGCAAGCCCAACAACGAGCCAUGCUGCAGCAGCAACAGCAACAGCAACAGCAGAUGCAACAGCAAAUGAUGCAAAUGAUGCAACGGCAAAUGAUGCUGCAGCAGCAACAACAGCAGCAACAGCAACAACAGCAGCAGCAACAGCAGAUGAACCCACAGCAGCAACAGCAGCAGCAGCAGCAGCAGCAGCAGGCACAGCAACAGUGGGCUCAACAAUACGCUCAACAACUGCAGAACAUGCAAGGUGCUCAGAUACGCCAGAUGACACCACAAAUGCAGGCUCAAAUUCAGCAUAUGGCGCGAAUGGGCCAGAUGAAUGGACAGCUAGGAAAUAUGAUGCGAGGCCAGAUGAAUGGGCAGAUGAUGAAUGGUAAUGUCAAUGUCAAUGCCAACAACAUGCAAGCUAUAGUAGCCAUGCAGAUGCAGCAGCAACAACAGCAACAGCAGCAGCAGCAGCAAGCACAGGCCCAAGCCCAAGCACAAGCGCAGGCACAGGCUCACGCUCAGGCCCAGCAAGCCCAGGCUCAGGCACAAGCUCAAGCCCAGGCACACGCCCAGGCUCAAGCUCAACAAGCACACGCCCAGGCUCAGGCCCAAGCACAGGCGCAGGCCCAAGCACAAGCGCAAGCGCAGGCACAGCAUCAAGGGCAAGGACCUCAGCAAGCACAUGGCAAUGCUACCUUACAAGUGCAAAUGCAGGCCCAUGCCCGCCUUGUCUAUAAUCGCCUGAUGGGAGUGGCGGCAGCUAAAUUUGGUGGUCCUGAAAACAUACCACAGGAUACGGUGGACAAAAUCAAGCAGCAAUCCUAUGCGCAAGCCCAACAAUCAGUGAGAGACUUGGUUCAGCGGAGAGCCCAGCAGCAACAACAACAACAGAUUAUGAUGCAGCAGCAACAGCAGCAGCAGCAGGCAGCAAUGCAAGGCAUGGGCGGGAUGAUGGGGCAUCAAGGAAUGUAA